GUUUCCGUUGGUUAAACUUUUUCAGUAACAAUAUGUUUGUUAAUAAUUAAUUUAAAGUGGUAUCAUAGAUAAUAUCAGCAUAAAUAAUUUACUUAUAAAAAGUGAAAAAUUUACAAAUCUAACAGAUUUAAAAUGAGCACAAACCUGUCUUUAAGAUCAAAAAAAAUACAAAACCCUGGUGAAUGGCUAAUUGGAAAGUAUCACGACAAACUAAGUGGUACUCAAUUUCCAUCCAAUCUUCAAGUCUUAAGUUUUUUCUUAUAUCAGCAUUAUGAAAAUAAAUUGACAAUUGCUGAUAGUUUAAAUUUAACUGUUCAGAGAAUUAUACAAAUUUGGGAAUCAAAAGUUAUUAUCAAGGAUUAUCACAUCAAACAAAAAAUAAAAAAACACUUUGAUACGUGGCAAAAAUUAAAAAAAAAUCGUUUGAGGACUUCAAAAACUCAACGAGAAAAUGAAAAAUUGUUUUUAAAUUCUUUACGCGACGUAUUUAACUGUGAACUCCAAACAGCUCAAAUGAAUAGGCUCUUAAACUCUACUCCAUAUACUCAAGCAGAAGGAACUACAUUGUCUGAGAAUUUUGGUUCAACUUUAAUACUAUCUCAAGGAAGUAACGUAUCACAAUUGAGUGUAUCGUCACAUGAAAUUUAUCCAUCCCCUCCACAAAAAAGAAAAAAAUUAAAUUCAGAUAAUAAAAAAAUUAAUCUCAUAACUUCAGAUUAUCAUCUAUGUUAGACCGAACACAAACAUCAAAUCGUAAAGCAACACUUAUUUUAGCUGCAACAUCCGCAUCUUUAAAACAAAAUAUAUCAAAGAUUAAUCUAAGUAAAGAUACAGUUCGUCGAACGCGCCAAAAACACCGAGAAGAACUAGCGAAAUAUAUAAGAGAGUCUUUCAAACCCGAUACAGCUCUCACAAUACACUGGGACUCUAAAUUGAUGAAAAGUUCAAAUUUCUCCGAAUCUGAGGAUAGAUUGGCUAUAUUGGUUUCAGGGCAAGGAAUAACUAAGCUUUUGGCUAUUCCUAAAAUUGAUGGAUCAACAGGAAUUAAUCAAGCUACGGCUGUUUUUGAAGUAAUCUCUGACUGGAAUUUAAGUAAUCAAGUUCGAUCAUUGUGUUUCGAUACGACUGCCAGUAAUACAGGAAAAAAUGAAGGAGCUUGUAUUCAUUUAGAAAAAAAAUUGAAUAAAAAAAUGCUUCACUUUGCUUGCAGGCAUCAUAUUCUAGAAUUAAUUUUAACUGCAAUAUUUUCGUCAGAGUUGGAACCAGCAGUUAGUGGUCCUCAAAUAAAAUUGUUUGAACGCUUUAAAAAGAAAUGGCCGACAAUAGAUAAAACUGAAUUUGAAGGUGGAAAUAUAGAAAACAGAACUAAAAUUAGAGAUUUUAUUUAUGACCAAUUAAAAAAUCAACAACCUAGAGACGACUACAGGGAAUUUUUAAUGUUAUCGUUGAUUUAUCUUGGUGAAACUACAGGUUUUCUGAUAUAUAAACCGGGUGCUUACCACAGAGCUAGAUGGAUGAGCAAAAUAAUAUACUGUUUGAAAAUAUAUAUUUUUCGCGGACAAUUUCGGUUAUCUAAAUCUGAGUUAAAUAGGCUCAAAGCGUUCAAUGACUUCAUUAUUGAAAUAUAUUUGAAAGUUUGGUUCCUUUGUCAAAGUCCUACAACAGCACCAAGAACUGAUUUACAGUUAUUAAAAGACCUCGUGCAGUACAAAAAAAAAAAAUAAAAAAUUAGCUUCUGCGGCAUUAACCAGUAUUUCUCGACAUUUAUGGUACCUUAGUGAUCAUUUAAUUGGACUAGCGUUCUUUGAUCGUGAUAUUUCAGAUGAAAUAAAAAUGAAAAUGGUGUUAGCUUUGAAAAAUCAAUGUCAAUCACCAGUAAAUCGUAUCACUAUUGAUGAGUCUAAUAUUGAAGCGAAAGAAAUAUAUCAUUUUGUAAAUAAAAAUACGAAUUAUUUUUUUGAAGCUUUGAAUCUAGAUAAACGCUUUUUAACAACCCAUCCUAGUACUUGGAGUUCGAAUGAGUCCUAUUUAAAAAGUUUUAAUAUCGUUUGUGCGUUAAAAACAGUAAAUGACACAGCUGAGCGCGGUGUCGCAUUAAUGCAAUCAUAUAUUCAAUUUGUCAAGAACGAGGAAGAAAUGCAAAGAGUAUUACAGGUAGUGGAGGAGAAUCGCAAAAUAUAUCCUAGUGUAAAUAAAGCAAAUUUAAUAAAUAAUUUAACAA